UAAACAUUGGUCCAAACAGUUUCAACUAAAACAGCAGUUUCUAUUGGAUAUAUUCAGUUAUAUCCGUCCCCGUUCUGUUUCCUUCUUUUUAAGAAACGUUUUGCAACAGAAUCGUCUUAAUGAAUACAUCACAGAGAGCUGCUGGUCUGGUUGAGUCUAUUCUCUCCUCUGUACCAGGACAAGAUCACAUCUUUCCAGUUCUUCACAACACACACCACUGAACAGCUGAAGAUUUAGAGGAAUGAACCAUUUGUUCGGAUGGAGAAGGCUUGCCAGACUGACGUUCAUGCUGCUAUAUUUUGUCAUUAAUGUACUCUGUGCUUCUCAGCAAACAGACCAGUCUGAGACUCAGCGGGUGAAAGGCAUCGUGGGACAGUCUUUCUCUUUUCCAGAGAGGGUGAUCAAGUCUGGCAAUUUACUUUAUGGAGACCUUGGCAGUAUUGCAAAUGUGUACCCUGGUAAACAAGGCAAAAUCACAAUGGAGAAGAGAUUUGAAAACCGCCUCCACUUGAACAAUGUUACAAGAUACUUCACUCUGUCAGAACUUCAGAUAGACGAUGCUGGGGUUUAUACUGUGGAGAAUACAGAUGAAGGAAAAAAAACAAAAAUUCAGCUCACUGUAUACAAUGUUGUUUCCAAACCUCAGUUGAGAGAGUGUGACAGCAGCUCCUGUAGUGUUGUGUGUUCUGUGGAAAACGAUAAAGAGGUGACCUUGACCUUGUACAGGGGAGAAGAAAUACUAAACCAGACCAGCAGUCCUGAACUCACCACCGAUCUAUCUCUCCGUUUGGAGGUAGAGGGAAAGAACUACAACUCCACCUACAGCUGUGUGGCUGCUAACCCUGUCAGCAAUGAGACAGUUCAUGUCCCAAAAUGUUGCAGCGAAGAUGGUCAUCCUAAUGAUGCAGACAGUGAUGAGAUGACUGGGGGUUUGUUUAUUAUUGCUGCGAUCUGCGUUUUGGUUGCCUCAGGGCUGGUUGGACUUGCAGUCUAUCGAAAGAAGAGUAGAAAUGGACACUCACAAGAUUCAUCCGAAAGAGUGCAAGCUGACAUUGAGUAUGCAACGAUAACCCCUAAAAAACGAACAGAUAAUCAGGAGGAGCGAACAGAUAUACCGGAAUUGGAGUCGCACAGAACAGAUAUACCAGAAUUGGAGUUGUGUACCCUGACAUCAGUUUAUGAUACACUCCUGUUACAUCGCAAUGCUGGCAGCGGGGAUGUUGACACAGCAUGAAGGAGAAAAACGGUGGGAUAACUCACAUUCUGUAGAGGACGGUUUAUCAUAAAGAGGAUGUUGAAACAAAAUGAAAGAAAAAAAAUAUUCAUUCUAACAACCUUUUAGAGGCACAGUUGUUAAUGGAGAAAAAUCCCCUGGAACUGUUGCGCUGAUGUUAUAGUUUCAGGCUU